AUUUCGUCUUUGAGGAGAAACUCGACCCGUUAGGCGCCAACAGCUAAAUAUGUCUUUGAAAGGUCUUCUACGAAAGAAAAAUAAAAGUGACAACCGCCCGCAGGCAUCCUCUACUGGUCUGGCGCCACCGGAAUUCAAAUUCAUUAGAUCGGAUACAUAUACGCAGGAAGACAUCGAGCCACCUAGUUUUGGCGACUCGCCACUGACAAGUCACUCGGAAGCCAGAUAUGCCGGUUCCUUACACUGUUCGUCCAGUGCCUCCAACAAUGGAUCUCUUUGCCAUGAGCAGUCGCCGCAAAGGGAGAAGGAUACGAGGCGUAUCUCUCAUCGUCUGCGUUUGGGUCGAAGGUCCAGAUCUGGCAGCGCUUCUUCCGUGAAUAUUCCCACCGACCUACCGUCGGUCGCAAAUGAUAGUGAUGCACAGGAGCGAGAGGCUCAAUGGGAAAAGCGAGCGACACUGUUGGCGCAGGGGCCCAUUAGCGUGAGGCCGUCAUCACCUGUGUCUCCUCAUCAGCGACCGCGAAGUCCCAGCACUGGAAGAUUGAGUGGUCAAGAGGAUGAUGUGGAUAUCCAAGAGGCUAUUCGACUACACGAGGCAGGGGAGCUGACCAGGUCAACCGAGAUGUUCAAGUGCCUUGCCGACCCAAACGGCCAAAAUAAUGCGCUGAGCCAAGUCCUUUACGGCCUGGCGCUCAGGCACGGAUGGGGAUGUGAGCGUAAUCCUGAAUCGGCUGUCACAUAUCUCUCGGCGGCGGCAGCAAAUUGCGCCUCCAUUGAAGCGGAAGCGUUAAACGCCGGAAUAAAAAAAGGCGGAUCAGCAAAAGGCGAGCUAGUUCUAGCCAUUUUUGAGCUAGCCAACUGUUUGCGUCAUGGCUGGGGCAUAGCAAAGGAUCCAGUGGCUGCCAGGCAGUAUUAUGAAACUGCGGCCAAUUUAGGCGACACUGAUGCGAUGAACGAAGUUGCAUGGUGCUAUCUUGAAGGAUUCGGGGGGAAAAAGGAUAAAUACGUAGCUGCAAAGUACUAUCGUCUGGCAGAAGAUAAUGGAAGUAAAACUCUUGGUAACACAUGGAUAUGGAAAGAAAAAUACAAUUCCAAAUGAAUAGACCCGUUUCGGUCAUGGUAUAUCGCCAUUUAUUUUGUCUUGAGUUUCGGGCGUAUAUGCCUCGGGGUUGCUUCACUUGGAAUUUGAUUUCAAUAAGCAAUAAUGACAUGGCAUCUGUACA